AUGGCAGGGUUUCGUGCAUCAUUGUGAGUAUUUCUUUCUUUAUUUAUUUUCAUGAGUUUGCCCUUCAGACUGCCAGUUACGAAGUUGAUUAAAUUAUAGUCUUUCUGUUUAUCUGUUUAUAGGAACGCUAGUCAAAAUGAAGAUCCCUAUUACAACGGGUAUUUAUUUGCGGCACGAAAUCAAACAAGGCCGCAGGGAAUCAACAACACCGGUAAUAGCCUGUAUGGUGUUAGCAUGGCUCAAAAUCAGCCUCCACUGCAUUAUCCAGCGAUGUUAAAUCCCUACCCGAUUUGCCAGAACCCUGUACCCGGUACUAGCAAUCACCUUCAGUUUGAACCAGACAGGGACAGCGCUAGUCCAACUCCAAGUGAAUCCUCGAACCGAAGCGACGAUCGUAACAAGCGCAGUAGCUGGUCGUUGACCGAAGAGAGAUGCUUAAUUGCCGCUUUUAAGGAGUACUACGAUAGACUUAAGUCUACAAAAAGCAGUCAAGCGAAAAAAAAAAUAUGGGAAGAUAUUUUGAAGCAGUUUCAAAGUAUGUGCUUUGACAAUGGCGUGGAAUCUGAAAAGUCAUUAGCGCAGUUAAAGGAGAAGUGGCGGGCGCUCUUGGAUAAAUACAAAAGCGUAUGUGAUAACAACAAUCGCACGGGAAGGGAACGGAAAACGUUCAAGCACUAUGAAGACAUCGACGAAUUUAUGGCUUCAUCAGACAAAGUGAAUCCAAGAUUUGUCAAGGAAACGAAAGCCCACCGACAGGAUUGUAGCUCUGAUGAUACCGACGAUAUUUUAUCGACCGGAAAUCAAGAUUGCAGUAAGAAACCAGAGAAACGGCCGCCCAGCUCUGCUGGAGGAGAUAGUGCGGAUGCAGAGACAACUGGAAAAACUGGGCAAAAGGAUGAAAAAGGACCAAAAAAGAAGAAGAAAAGGCUUAGCGGCGAUGACAUGGAGCUAGCAAUCCUUGACAUGAUGAAGUCACAGCAAGAAGCCAUCCAAAGAUCCGAAGAGAAUGACGAGAGAGUUUUUGAAGCUCUCCUCAAAUCUCAGGCAGAAGCGCAG